AUGGCGACCUCUCAGAAAAAGACCAACCAGUGGUGCAGAUGGUCAGAAGAUGUCAUUCCAUCGCUUGUAGUGCCCUAUCUAUCGUACAUGCAGGAGACUUCAAUGCUACACUACGCCGACACUGUACGACAGCCACACGGAGAUCCUGUAGCUUGUCAUGCUGGGUGUGGGACCCGCAGCAUCAAGGUUGCAUGGGUGUUCUUUGACAGCUUGUCAGAAAUUAAUAUCAUUGCAUGCCCCUGUUAUCCUGCCCCUCUCCAGCUCCUUCGUCGUGGGCUGUUCCCAUGCGCCCCUGUUGCUCCCUCACUCGCAGUAGACUUACGUGUUCUAGAGUUUGUCCGCCUUCUUUUCAUUCGUCAGUCCCCCAACCAUACUGCGUGGUGCGAUGCAGUGGAGACGUUUCUAGAUGGGAUGGGAUAUAAGUUGACAUCGAUGCAUAGCCUGUGCCAUCGCUUCGCCAAUGCACUUCACUGGUACCGGGUGUUGAACGUUUUUGCUCGUGACCACAUCUCCAUCCUUAUUGCCAACACCUGGAAGGACAAGAUCCGUGUGCAACCCAUGGCAGUCGAACAACCUACAGAAUACCUUCGUUCACACUGCCCACUUUGCUUCAGGGCAAAUGAUUGGCAAAAGGCGAAAGAUUCUCGUUCCAUGCCAGAUAUUAUCGUUUGCAUAGAUGCAUGCUUUACUCAAAAGCGCUCCACCAACGCUCGCAGUGCCAAUGGUCACGACCCUCCCAACCCGACACCAUCCUUUUUUCUACCAAAGGACGACGUGCAAGCGAUGGAGGAGUUCGUGCAGCGCUGUCGAGGAGAAAGACGUCGGGCGAGGGCCUCAAGGACGGAGCCAGAAGAGGAUCGCUAUGAAAAGGGUAUGAGUGUGCCAGUAUCAGUCCUGGAUGGAUGCGGAGAAUCUUUCACGGCUGCAGACGAGAAACGGGAGAAGGCAAGCACUCGAUUUUUUACUGAUACAGGCCUUAUGGUGCUGCUUUGUAGACACGACCGUGUCCUCUGGAUCGCGAAUCUCACAUCAGCCGGGGAGAAACAACAUUACUCGCUCGCUCUAUUGGAUCAUCUGUUCAAGCAUCUACCCCCUCAAAUGACUGUUGGGCUUCUGUACGAUAUCGGGUGCCAACUUGAACGGAGCUGUCGCAAAUGGAGUCUUUUGGAUGAAUCUAUUUUAUCGCGACUCACCUUUGCAGUUGCUGUAUUCCAUGCUUACGGUCACCAGUGGCCUUGUCAACUUAUUUACCAUCCCAGGAAAUGCGAAGGUUUUGGGUUGUCUGACGGCGAGGGGUGUGAACGACUAUGGAGUUCUCUAAAGCAACUGAUCCCGCCUCUACGCGUUUCUGGAUUCAAUCAGCGUCUUUUCGUGCUUGAUACUCAAAUUCGCCACCUUGAUGCGAGAUUGCUGCAAGGAUUUGGCCAUUGGCUUCAUCGGCGUUGGAUACACUGCCAGACGAAGAAGAAUGUGGCUCUGGACAAUUUACAAGACUUGGACCUCAACAAGGACAUGCUUUGUGCGGAGUGGAAAGCUCAGAUUGCACACCAGACACGACCCGCUCCACGUCAAUCCAGAAACAAGGCGGCCGAGGUCAUUAUGACUCUUCUUGCAUUGGAGAAGACUUUAGAUGCACACAACGCUUCUGUCCGUGAACUGGAGGCGCACUUACACGGUGGUCAUGUUGAUAACAUGGUAGAGCUCAAUCUGCAGCUGGUUGAUGCUCGUUCGCGACGUACUAAAGUUUCUAACACUAUCCGACAUCGUAGAGCUGCACUUGGAGUGGAAGAUAAGGCUGAACUGGAGAAGAUGAAGAGGGAUGUUUAUCUCACAGCCAGAUUGAAUGCUCGCGCUGUGAAAAGUCGCAUCCGGGACCGUCUUCAUCAACGGAAGUUCGAAUUGGAGAGACUCGAGAGGUCUUACCGAGCAUCUAUCAAUACUGAAAAACUUCACGUGAAUACACAACACUCCAUCAAACGUCGUGAACCUGGCAUUCUCAAGCUAGUCUCAACCUACAAUGGCUUAGCGCCACCUUUUGCUAUCCCCCCUCACUCCAUUCCGCGCGACGGCAUCUUCCAACUCGACGUCGAUGACAAUAUCUGGCAAGACAUUGGACUCGACGACGCCACUGUCAACCCUCCAGCGUGGUUAUCAGACAAGGCCGUCAGAAACGGUAUCCACUCGCAACUUGAAGUGGAUCAUUGCCUCGAGGAGGAGGCCCGGCUGAUGCGUGAGCGGUCUGUUAUGCAGGAGUGGAUGUUGACAGAGUGGGAGGGUAUACAGGGUGCCUUGACGAAUGCAGUCGUUUUGGCUUUCCACCUUGCAUCGCGCGCCGAUGAGCUUGUCAACAUCUGUGUUGCUUGGAGAAGAAAAGUUCAGUGGGGUCCUUCAGAUGAAGUGCAGCCUUCUUUUCGGGACGAGGAUGACCAGAGUGUAGGACCUGUGGGAGAGGAUGACGAGGGAGAUUCGGAUUAUGAUGAGAUUGGCGAUGAUGAAUUGAUGGAUGCAAUUGAAGAUAUUGCAUUGGUAGACGAGUAUAGGUAUGAUAUAGACCCUGAUGAUGACUUAGAUGACAUUGAAGAUGAUUUUAUGCCAUCAUCCCCUACAAGAUGUCCUACCAGAUAG